UCUAUUUAGGUUGCAGGAGGCAGCUGCUGACAGUAGUUUGUGCUGAGCCUCAACAAGUGUAGAGAGAGGGCAGCAUCAGCCUCAGGGAAAGAUGAACACAACCUGGUACCCUGUUGAUGUGAAAGCUGUUGGCUUGAUGAAGGACAGAAAGCAGAAGACCUACAUGAUGUCUGUGCUCUGGCCAGAUCGAAACAACGUUCUUAUCUACCGGACUUUUGAAGAGUUUAAGAAAUUCCACAAAGAACUGAAAAGAAAGUUCCCCAUAGAAGCUGGUUUACUAAAGAAAUCGGACCGAACCAUUCCCAAGUUUAAAGAUGCCCCUCGGAUGCAGAGAAAGAGUGGGAAGCUGAGGAGGUCUCUGGAAAGGCUGAAACUUCUGGAGUUUUACUCCCAGGAGCUGAUGAAGCUGGAUACAAAAAUCUCCCAGAGUGAAUAUGUGACCCAGUUUUUCAAGGCACAAACCCGAGACCUAGAUCCCUUAUUUCCAGAAAACAGCAUUAUAAUCAUGCCAUCAGAAUUUGGGGAUGAGAAGAAAAAACAGCUUACAAAACCAAGUCCCUCUAUUACGUACCCCAUGGCUUCCCAGACCUACAGAUGCAUCGAAACCUAUGAAACUAAAGACACAAAGAACAGACCUUUCAAAGUUGCUAAGGGGGAGAUCGUUGAAGUCUUAAUCAAGGACAUGAUAGGGUGGUGGCUGGUAGAGAAUGAGGACAAGCAAAUAGCCUGGUUUCCAGCUCCAUACCUGGACGAGAAAGCAUUUGGAGAGAAAGCUCCAAAUUUCAGGGAGUCAGAUGAAGAGGGGUCCACGUAUUAUACUGUGCGGGCAUACAAGUCUCAGGAAGCAGAUGAGCUCUCAGUGAAUGCUGGGGUCAUUGUGGAGGUGCUGGAGAAAUCAGACAAUGGCUGGUGGCUUAUCUGGUACAACGGGAACACUGGCUACAUCCCAUGCAUGCUCCUCCAGCCCUAUAAGAACCCUCACAGCAAGUUCCAAAUGAUUGUGAAUGCUGGCCUCAACGCCUCCACACCCAACCUGUACUUGCCUGCCAGCCCAUCCUCAGGGAGCUGUCUCCUGCAGGCCAACCCACAGUGGGGGGGCCUGCCCCAGAGCUGCAUGGGGGGUGAGAGGGCUGACAAAGGCAGGGGUUCCUUGAGUAGAAAUAGAUCAAAAUCCUUGCCUGGGCUGGACACUGCAGCCAGUUCCAGCACGCUUCUGGAGCCAGACAGCUCUUCUGUCAGCUCUGGGAGCGGGAGCGAACAGGAGGUCAGCCAGAAGCCUGGCUCCCCAAGCUCUUCAUCUGGUGUCAGGCAAGGCAGCAGUGAUCCUCGCCUCACCUGCAGGGACAAUAACAGUUCAGACUUGGAGGAGGCAUCUUCAGGCAGCUCCACACAUUCCCCUUGCUGCCCAGACCCUGCUGCCAGCAUUCCCAACGUGCCCAUGCGGCCCACCACCCACGAGAUCCUCCAGAAAUGCAGCACCGUGACACGAAGAGCCAUGCAGCGGUCUGCCCACAGACCCAGUCUGCUGGCCACACCUCACAUCCACCCCUGAGGGGGAAGGGGGCAAUGCAAGCCUCAGACGAAAUCUUCUUGUCGUUCUGCGCCUAUGGGAAGUAGGUCGAGGGUCUGAAAUUUCCCAACUAGCCAUUGCUCAGCUAUCAAUUCUGUACUGCAGCUGAAAUAAGUGAGAAAUGGUUGGUGCUCAGGCCUGUCACGUGCUGAGAGACGAAGGAGUUGGCAUUUAAUUUCUUUCUGGAAGAUAACUCUUCCAUGGCUACUCAGCUGGCUGGCCUGCAUUGUUGCACUAAUCUUGCCUUUCACUCAGGAGGAAGGGGCUGCUGGAAUGUGGUCUAGGUCCGUCGUUCUGACCUGCAGUGCCUCUGACACUGAGAUUCACACUGUGUUGGUGCACUUGGAUUGGAUCCUUCAUGCCCAACCCUUCCAUGAUCAGAAAUAGUGUCUGUAGGCAGGGACAUGCAAUUGCCUGAUGUCAUUUCUGCUUCCCUGAGUCGGGUAGCUAACUCUUGGAAUCAGGUUUCUGUUUUCUGGUAGGAAUUCUCACAUGAAUGAGCUGAGUAUUAACUGUCACUGAAGAGUCUCUAAUAGUGGCUUGCUUUGCUCUCUGCACUGCAGUUCCUGCCCACAAAUGCAUGUCCUAAAAUAUUCUUGAGAAAAAUCCAUCUCUGACUCAAGCAAAGACUUUUUUUUGCAGAUAGCUACUCACCUGUCAUUGGAAUUAGUUUUUCAUACAUCUUUUU